UCGACAAUAAUCAUUACAAACAUCGAUUCUUGACGCAUUACUAGAAAUAAUCAGCGGAAAAGGCGCGCAUUAAAUUGUUUUGUUAAAUUACUUUUACGGUCAGAAAGUGAUUUAAAAUAUAACCAAAUAUUAUCGUAGUUUGCAUGCGUAAACGCAAUGGCACUUUGGGUGGAUAAAUACCGUCCGCGGGAGCUGUCCAAGUUGGACUUCCACAAGGAUCAAGCGGAGAACCUGCGCAACCUGUGCAAGCAGAGCGACUUUCCGCAUCUGAUGUUCUACGGACCCUCGGGUGCCGGCAAGAAAACACGCAUCAUGUGCCUUCUGCGGGAGAUGUACGGAUCUGGCGUUGAACGGUUGAGGAGCGAGACCAUGACGUUCACCACGCCCUCCAAUCGAAAGGUAGAGGUGAUGACGGUCAGCAGCAACUACCACUUGGAGGUGAAUCCCUCCGACGCUGGCAUGUACGACCGCACGGUGGUGAUCGAUCUGAUCAAGCAGGUGGCCCAAACGCACCAAAUUGAAAUCAGUGGCCAGCGGGAAUUCAAAGUGAUUGUAAUUUCGGAGGGCGACGAGCUCACCAAGGAUGCACAGCACGCUCUGCGCCGAACGAUGGAGAAGUAUGUGGCCACGUGUCGGAUUAUCAUAUCGGUGAACUCCACAUCUCGCAUCAUUCCGGCCAUACGGUCGCGUUGCCUGGGCAUACGGGUGGCCGCUCCCAACGAAACGGAGAUCGUGUCCAUCUUGCAGAACACUUGCAAGCGGGAGGGACUCGCACUGCCCGUGGAGCUGGCCAAACGGGUUGUGGACAAGUCGGAGCGUAAUCUCAGACGAGCACUUCUGAUGCUGGAGGCCGCCAAGGUGGCCAAGGCGCCGUUUACCGCCAACCAGGAGAUUCCCGACCUGGACUGGCAGGUGUUCCUGCGUGAGACAGCAUCUCAGAUUAUCAGUGAGCAAACGCCUGCCAAACUGGAGAAGAUCCGCGAACGCCUGUACGAGCUACUCACGCAAGGCGUUCCACCCAAUCUCAUAUUCCGCGGCCUGGUCGAGCAGCUGGUGAACAAUUGUGAUAUGUCCAUCAAGGCGAAGACGCUCGAGUUCGCCACCGAGUACGAGCACCGGAUGCAGUCCGGCGCCAAGCACAUUUUUCAUCUUGAAGCUUUCGUCGCUCAGUUUAUGAACAUCUACAAAAAGUUCCUUUCUGAGCUGGUCAUGACGGACGAUUUUUAAAGGAUUUACACGCUUUAGCAUUUAAUUCAAAAAACUUAUUAAAUAAACUGAUUAAAACAAA